CUGCUCACUGUACCACGCAACGAGAUACACACACACAUGCCAGCUAGCGUAUGUAGCGUCAAAAAGAAGCAGAGGAGGAGCAUGAUAGCAGCAGAUGAGAGGGCCGGUCGUUGGGAAGGCACAAAAGGAUGAUCAAAAAUCAGCACGAUUGACUGAUUGACUGAGCCCUGUCUUCCACCACAUCCACACCACAAAGACCACAACAGGACAGGCCAUCGCGUGAAGUUUUACUGCAAUAAAGCGACACAACCAAAGCACCGCAUCCGGGGAAAAACUGACUAUGCUUGCUCACACUCUGCGUCACACACGAUAGUCACUACCCUCCCCCUUUGACACGUCAGUCAUCUCGGUCUCCCCUCCGCCAGAUGCCGUGCUUGCGGCGCCGUCAUCUGUACCGCUUGUUGUGCCCUGGACAGGCCCGACGGUCAUGGCCUGCACGGCCAUCUGCUGUCGCAUGCUCGGGUGGUGCAGAUUGACGAAAGGGGCCGCGUGCUCCACCAGAGGUGCACUGGCGCCCCACACGUACCCACGGUUGUGGUCCAUGAAUGCCUGCAGGCAGACACAGACACACAGACACAGAAUGACACGCGAAUGAUGUGUCAUGUGUCAUGUUGGUAUGGUAUCUCGGUAUCUCGACCACUGACCACUGUGCCACAUGCCGGUGAGAAAACGAAUGGACGUUUCCAGAAGCUGCCUGUGCGCAGCAUCACUCCGCCCCGCGUGUCGGUCACAGUUCCGAAUCUUUGCGGUCGGACACAAGGCACAUUGAAGAUGGGAAGGAAGCAGCACAAGAAACAGCUCCACGUGCCUGACAUGGAUGCAGUGAACACACACACACACACACACGCAGAGACACUAACUCAUCGCCUGUCAUGCCGCUCAUGGUGUCUGUGACCCACCCACCUAUCGGUUCGAUAGCCGUGAUGUCCGUGAACUUGAGGGUCUUCCUGAACGCCACCGUCUUCAGCUCGAAGGCAUCCUCCGUCCGCAGCACCACCAGCGGCGUCUCCAGCACACCAAACACGGCGCGCACGAACAUCCCCGCGCCAAUCGCUGCCCAGAGGAAGGUAAGCACAACGUGGCCGGCGAUCUGAACGGCGUCCGUAGACUCGAGCACAACAUCUCUCGUGUGGACGGCGGCAGCCGACGCGCCCAGCAGCACCCACGUGCUGAAGAUCAGCCACAGGCCGAGAUACCAACCUGCACGUGACGUGUGCAAAGGAAAUGACGGACAGGUGCUGUUGCUGUCCCUCUAUAUGCGCUUACCAUAUGCCAAUUUCUCUGAGGUGGACGUCCAGAUCGGAUACGUCUGUGUGGCGCCACCUGACAAGAUGAUGGGUAGACGGGCAGGUCCUCCGUAAGUGUUUCUCCACCUCCACGUGCACCACCAGAGAAGCAUGAAGUUGUUCGGGGUAGCGAGUAGGAAUGUGACGAGGCCGGAAGAAGCAUUCAGUGACGACGGAGGUCUCCUGAACACGCAAGCUUGGGUCC